GCAUUGUUUUUAUUGAUUGUUUUCUCUCAAGCUGCACUGGCAAUUACUAGUAAUUAAGGCUUGCGGGUUCAAUUAACGGUCACAUGACUUCUGCCGCCCGCCCGUAUUCCGACCUCAAUCAAUCAAUCAAUCAGUUGAUCAAUCAGCAUGCUUGAUAUACGCUUGAUUGACUUUCAGCUGUAGUUCAUUAAGGGCCAUCUUGAUCCUCAAUCAAUAGCACAGUCAUCAAGACACGUGGCGUGCAGGAGCGCUGGAGACGGAUCAUGAAUCGCCCAGGGACACCAACUUCGAGAUAACUCAACAGCAAGCGGCUAUUGCAUCGAUCGUCCUUCACGUCGUCUGCGAGAGCUCCACGUGGCAUACUCUUGCUAGCUCGAUCCAUCGCCAUUUGAAUCACGACAUUUUCUCCUCUCGUCUUCCUCCUUUUCAUCUAUAUUCGUCCGCGUGUGUGUGUGGUGUUUUGUAUGUGUGUGUGUGUGUGUGUGUGUGUGUGUGUGUGUGUGUGUGUGUGUGUGNAGAGAGAGAGAGAGAGAGAGAGAGAGAGAGAGAGAGAGAGAGAUGGAGUCGCCGCUGAAGUCUCCUUAUCGGACACGAGGGAAACCGAUGACACCUAGGAACAAAGCUCUGGACUUGACCGGUAGUAAUCGCGCUAUCUUGGCGGCCGAGGAUGAUGGGAUGACGUGGCUGAGCGUGCAAGAGUCUUCAGGCGAUGUGACGAGGUGUUCGACUCCAGUCCAAUUCCACAACGAAGAGCGCAGUUUCGUCACCUCGCAGAUGGUCUUGCACGAUGGCGGUCGGCGCGCUCUGUUCACGACGGCCGAUCAGGACCACACGAUUGUGCGUGCCGACGUGGAGCGAGGAGAGACCAUUGAUCAAUUCAGCGUUUACCGUAAUGGAGAGGAGGUUAAGCUUCCUCUCCGACGAAUCGCUAUCACGAACAAAUUCGGCGGUCUAGAUUCGUCCCCCCUGGUCGAUCUUGUCGGGGUGGGUAACGACAAAGGCAACUGCUUGCUGCACGCCGUCUAUGACCCCAGAUGUCCGUCGAGAACGGUCGCUGUGUACGACGAACACAGCGAUAAGGCGGCGAAGGAGAGGACAGGGAGGUCGUACGCGAAGAGGGAGUUCGCUUGCAUUGCCACGUCACGUGAUGGACACGUCAUCGUGGGUGACGUGGCGGGAAAAGUGUCAUUAUACGAUGACGUACGAAAGAUUGCCAAGGCCACCUUCGAUCAGCUAGCGGAUCCGGUGACAGGAGUCGAUAUCACGGCCGAUGGGGAGUGGGUGAUGUGGAGUACGGCGGUGUAUCACGUGUUGCUUGGUCCUCUGACGUCAGAGUUUUGGACACGUGGCAGAACGAAGAUCAAGGACACCCCCUACGUGGUGAUCAAGCUGUCUGAGGUCGUGCGUGACGAGAUCGGCGUCGGGACCGACGAACCCAUGACCCCUGCCAUCUUCGACUGCGAGAACGGGCUGCUGAGAGACACCCCGGGGGUGGUGGAGAGUAGGGUUAUAUCGGCGGUGGGGAGAGCCGUCGUUGUGUGGCCGUUGAGAGUGCUGCAGAGGUUUUCGAAAAAUGGGGGUGGGACUUGGAAAGGCAGGCCCCUUGUGCAUAAACAGGAAGGGGUGGUAAAAGCCCUGCACGGCGAGUUUAACAGCGCAAUGGCAGUGGCGGCGCUAGAAAUGGAUGUCAGGAGACUCUCGCUAGGGGGAACUGGGGAAAGUGACGAGGGAGAAGAAGAGGGAGAGGGGGAGAAGGAGAAGGAGAAGGAGAAAGGGGGGGAAGGUGGGAGGAGCAGAGGAGAGGGAGGUCGUACGGAUGGUUCGAAGAAGAAGACGAAGACAGCCGGCGAGGAGGACAGCGAUGGUGAUGAAGAUGAUGACCCAGAGUACAAACCGAAGAAGGUUGCGGGUCGCUCAAGGCGGUGAUUCGUGGCGGGCCUGCUCUCUCUCUCUCUCUCUCUCUCUUUGUGUUCUCUCUGUCUCUCUCUGUGUUCUCUCUGUUUUCUCCGCGCCCUGCCUUUUCCUCCCAUACCUAAGACCUCCCCCUGCUUCUCUUCCCUUUUUGCUUCCUUUUCCCACUGCUUUUCUCCCCUUUCUCUCAUCUUUUUAUUUCCUCUUAUCUGUGUCGCAUCUGUCUCCCUACUUUAUCCCCCGGGCUAAAAGCAUCUGAAAACGGAUCGGGGGUCUCUGCACCCUCCGGUGGCUCGGCCUGCGUUCCUUGGCCCUCCCCCUCUCCUCGCUGUUCCCCUGAAGGAGCAGACUGCUAUCCUACCCCCCCCCCCCCCCCCCCCCCCCCCCCCCCCCCCCCCCCCCGUUGCCCCUUGUGGGUGGCUACAUGCUCUCUCUCUCUCUCUCUCUCUCUCUCUCUCUCUCUCUCUCUCUCUUUUUCUUUUUUUUCUUCGCCCUGCUUUUUUCUCCCAUAUCUAAGACCUCCCUGCUUCUCUCCCCCUUUUGCCUCCUUUUCUCACUGCUUUUCUCCCCUUUCUCUCAUCUUUUUAAUUCCUCUCAUCUGUCUCGCAUCUUUCUCCCCACUUGCUCUCCUCUUUCUCCUUUAUUCUGUACCUUGCGCUCAUCUUUCUCCUCUUUUUACUAACUUUUGUUUCUUCUCUCCUCCUUUUCUUUUCUCUCUCUCUCUCUCUCUUCCUGGUUUUCCCCUCUCUCCUCUCUCUCUGCAUCCCCAGUGCAUCCCUCGGUACAAUCGAAGAGAGGACCACCUUCUCCUUUUUCUUCUUUUUCUUCUCGUCUUCGACGUUAUCCUCCUCUUUCCCUUCCUCCUCCGCCUCCUUUAUCUUAUUCACCUCUUUCCUCUCCGUAAAUCAGUCAGGCGUAUCGUUUGUUCCUUCUCCUCCUUUUUCUUCUUCUUCUCUUUUUUCUUCUUGUUUGUUGUCGAGUCAUAAAUUAGUGAGGAGCAUUGAUCAUUGUUCGCUUCUCCUCUCCCUCCUCCCUCUCCUCCUUCCUCUUCUUCCUCGUUCUCCUUCCUCUUCUUCCUCGUUCUCCUUCCUCUUCUUCCUUGUUCUAUUGUUCGCUCCUCCUCUCUCUCCUCCCCUUCGUCCUCCCUCUCCUCCUUCCUCUUCUUCCUCGUUCUCCUUCCUCUUCUUCCUCGUUCUCCUUCCUCUUCGUCCUCUUUCUCCUCUUCUUCUUCUUCUUUCUCCUCUUCUUCUUCCUCUUUCUCCUCUUCUUCUUCCUCUUCUUCUCUUCUAAUUACUAUCUCUUCUUUUUCUCACUUGAGAACUCAAGAGAGAUGGUGUCAUUUUUCUCCGCGUCCUCUUCCUCUCCUUCUUGUCCUGCCACCCCUUCCUCUUCUCCUCCUCCUCCUCCUCCUCCUCAGCCUCCUCUUAUUUCUCCUCCUGCUUUUUCUUCUUUGUUUGGGUUCGACUCAUAUAAUAGGUUUGUGAAGAUUCGAACCCUCGUGUCACUCGACACUUCGUGGGAAUCGUUUUGAACCGCGUAGGUUUGUAAAGAUUUUUUUUUUUUUUUUUUUUUUUUUUUUGCCCUUUUCCGAACCAUCGUCGCACCGCACUUCGGUGGGAUUCCUUCGAACUUCGCUUUGCUUUGGAGUACUCGCUUCAUGGCAUGAUAUUUUGAAUGUAUCUGGAUGUCUAAUGGUCCAGACGCAUUGAGAAAUGUUGGACCGGUGCCAAUGUAUCUGGUCUAUGUAGCGAUCAGCAGAUACAUGUCGAAUGUUGAGUAGUGCGGCGAAGCCGUGUUAGUUUUUUUAACCUCCUGAAGGAUGAUUGGCUUAUAAGAGGCUAGAUGGUAGAUUUAGGGCAUUACUCGCACUAAGACGUUCUCGGCUGAUGCAUGCAGGCGUGAGUAUCCAGGUCUGGACGUAAUUGCGGUCAAAUACAUUCGGUAAAGUGAUAGUGUGAGUAUGUCGUUAGGGUAUUUAGACGAAGCGGCACAAUUGGGAGAAUG